GAUUUUUGUUAUUUUAACAGGGAGCUAGCUCAAUAUUCGCCAAUGAGAGGCCAGAUGCGAUUAAAUCAACCUGGAGGGAAACGACCAUCUGAUAACCGUAAUUCUAUGCAACAAAAAAGUGACUAUGGUCACAUAACUAGUAAAAAGAAAAAGAAACUAGCUGACAAAAUUCUCCCACAAAAAGUUCGAGACUUGGUUCCUGCUGAGAGUCAAGCAUACAUGGACUUACUAGCUUUUGAACGAAAACUUGACGCCACAAUAAUGCGUAAACGUCUAGACAUACAAGAAGCUUUGAAAAGGCCCAUGAAACAAAAACGCAAAUUAAGGAUAUUUAUUUCCAACACGUUUUAUCCUGCCAAAGAACCCUAUCCUGAUGGACCAGACGGGCCUGGAGCAGAAAGACUGGUUGCUUCUUGGGAACUGACAGUUGAGGGAAGGCUACUGGAUGAUUCAAAAAAUGACCCGAAUAAAGUAAAAAGGAAAUUUUCGUCAUUCUUCAAAUCAUUGGUCAUUGAAUUGGAUAAGGAGCUCUACGGCCCUGAUAACCAUUUAGUUGAAUGGCACCGAACACUUACAACAACACAAGAAACAGAUGGUUUCCAGUCUUCUUUUCCCACAUUCUUUGAAUCUCUUUCUUCAUGUCUCUAUAUUUAG